AAAGCACCAUCUUUCUGCUUUUGAGCACUCUGCCAUCUAGCGGCCAUUUAUUGUACAACAAGCGCAUCAGUGCUUCUCUCCCCCACACACAUCUCCCUCCCACCAUGUGUGCGAAACUUUUACCACCAAUAUGCGUGACACAUGUCGUUGCUGCUGUUUCUCAGGAAACAGGAACUUCCGUCUUUUGUCGCCUCGAGCAGCACAUCGUUCUUUCCACAGCAGUCUGCUGCACAGCCACCUGUGUGAGGAGAAGGUGUAACGUUAGUGGCCGGCCAUGCUCAGAAAGAAACGUCUAUUUAUAGGCCGCGUAUCACGUGCAAACAACGCGUAACGCGAGGUGAGGAGGGGGCUUUUUAUUUAGAGUCGAGGUUUGAAGUUAUCUGGCCACUUGUGCACCAAGAAGUUCAGCAGCGGAGUAUUUUUUUUAAUUUAUUUAUUGGUCCUUCUGGUUGCCGCCGUGUGACGGAGCCCGGAGGGCUGAUGGAGUUCGCAGAGCACAUCAGGACCGCCAAUGUGGAGGGCGUGGUGCUCCAUCAGCCGCUGCACCCUCCGGCCAGAGGCACCUUGUGCGUCACCGGCCACCACCUGCUCUUCUCGGACAGGGAGGAGGGCGGCUGUCGGCAGGUGUUGCUGCUCCUCAGGAACAUCGAUGCCGUGGAGAAAAGGAUAUCUGGAUCUUCAGGGACCAUUACUAUCAAGUGUAAAGAUCUGCGUGUGCUCCAGCUUGACUUCCCGGGCAUGGAGCAGUGCCUCAACAUCGCUCGCUCCAUCGAGACCCUGUCCUGUCUGGACAGUGUGGAGAAGAUGUAUCCUUUCUUCUACAGACCUUCUGAUGUCAGCCUGCAGGACCAGUGGGGCCUCUCGUCCACUGAAAAACACUACAGUCAAAUGAAGGAACUUCAUGAUAGGUGGAGACUGAGCACUGUGAACAGAGACUACUCAGUGUGUCCCUCCUACCCUCCAGCUGUCAUCGUCCCCAAGAACACGGAUGAUAGCAUGCUGGAGAAGGCGGCCAAAUUCAGGCAGGGGGGACGCUUCCCGGUCCUCUGCUACUACCACAGGAAGAACGGCAUGGUCAUCAUGCGCAGCAGUCAGCCGCUGACCGGAGCCAAUAGGAAGCGCUGCAGGGAGGACGAGCACCUCCUCCAGGCCGUGAUUGGAGGCUCGGACAAAGGCUUCAUUAUCGACACGCGCUCCAGUCAGCAGGCCCUGCAGGCCCGGUUAACAGGCGGAGGGUUUGAGUCCAAAUCGGCUUACGGCAGCUGGAAGAGACUGCACAGGCAGAUGGAGAGGGGAAAAGCACUGCAGGAGAGUCUCGUUAAACUGGUGGAGGCCUGCGGGGACGAGUCUCACAACAUGGACCGAUGGCUCAGUAAGCUCGAGAACUCAAAGUGGCUGUCUCAUGUCCAAGUCGCCAUGUCCACCGCUGGCCUGCUGGCGGAGUGUGUGGAGAGGGACGGUCAUUCAGUUCUGGUUCACGGUUCUGAGGGGACAGACUCCUGUUUGCUCAUCAGCACUCUGGCUCAGCUCAUCAUGGACCCAUGUUGCCGCACGCUGGAGGGCUUCCUGGUUCUUCUGGAGAGGGAGUGGGUAGAGGCAGGACACCCGUUCCGGCGGCGAUGCGCCCACUCGGCGUACUCCCACGCCCGCCUCCAGCAGGAGUCGCCGGUCUUCCUGCUGCUGCUGGACUGUGUGUGGCAGCUGUGGCGUCAGUUCCCUCUGGCCCUGGGCUUCUCCGAGGCGCUGCUCCUGAGGCUGGCGGCUGAGGCCUACGCGUCCGACUACGGCACCUUCCUGUGCAACAGCGAUCGGGAGAGGUCAGUCCUUUCAGGCUCAGCUCUGCUCGACCGCUGCGCGCCGGGGGGGGGGGGGGAAACGAACGGCCGACUCAAAACCUCCCACCUCGCUCUCCUCCUUCCCAGGCGGGCUCUGCGAGCGAAGGACAACACCCACUGUUUGUUCCGGGCCCUGCUGAGGCCCGGGGAGAGGGACUGCUACUCCAACCCCCUGUAUGAGCCCACCGCGCUCGCCAUCUGGCCCUCGGUGCACCCCCAGUCCCUACAGCUGUGGAGAGGUCUUUUUCUGAGGUGGACCCCGCAGGCUCGGCACCUUGAAGAAGCUCAGGAGGAGAUCAGGAACAUGAUCACUGAGUGGGGGAAGCUGGUGCUCAGCUGAUGCCAGGACAUGAAGAAGGGGAGGUUGUGCAACCUGAACAUGUGGAACGUGUUCAAAGGAGGGACAAUGGCGACGUGAAAUGCCCUUUUGACAUGUAGAUGUAAUUUAAGAAUGUUCGACAACCUGCUGUGUUUUAAUGUACAGUCAUUUUUGUAUUCUUUCAUAAAGCAUUUCAAGAAAAAAAAGCACAAUUUCUGAGUUAAUCUGAGGAACUUCAGCCAUCACACCCCAUUUUAAAAUAUGAAUAAAAUAUAUCAUAAUACACCAUAGGUUAUGGUUUUAGUUUACAAUAUAAUUGUAAAUAAAAAGCUGUUUCUGAUA